CCAAAAUCCUCUCGUAUGGCCACAUAAUACCUCUAGCAUUUUUCUUCACCACCUCAUACAAGGGUAUAGAUUCGACUGCGCUAUAGUUAUCUGCGAAAACAACAGAAUAAUGGAAGGGCAUCAGGUGGAAAAGCAUGUGAAGUACAUCUUAUCAGUUGAAAAGCAUCUUAGAUUAAAUGGAGCAUACUGGGGAUUGACGACUCUUGAUAUUCUAGGGAAGAUUAGUGUAGUGGAUCAAGAUGAGGUCAUUUCUUGGGUUUUGCAGUGUCAACACGAAUCUGGUUUGUGUUAUAGUACUAAGUUAUUCACUGUAGUUUCUGCACUCUAUCUUCCCCCCUGCUGGUAUAGUGCCUUUUUUAUCUGAUUUUCUCCCUUUUGAAGAAGGUUCUAAUUGAGUUGGAGACUCGUUGCAAAUAGUUUGUGUAUUUAACCUGGAGUCAUGGAUUAAGUUUUAAAAGCUACCGGUGUGCUACAAUUGUGAUUAACCUGUUCCAUAAUGGCAUCUCUCUACCCUUUCUAGGUUCCACUUCUGGAUGCUAAAUAGAGUAGAGUGGCUCUAGAAAAUAAAGUUUAAGAUAUUCUUGAUCCCCGAAUGCAUGCUCCAGCAAGAUAUUCUUUCCCCAACAAAGCUGCUAAAUAAUCUUCAAAUUUUUGACUGUCUCAUUUCUCUAGAAUAGGGUUUGUUUAUUGCCUAAUGCUGCUUUUAACUAAGGUUAGAAAUGCAUUGCUUAUCAGUCAAGAUGCUAGUCAAUAAACAUCAAUUUUACCCUAAUCAAUGAUCCACUUUUAUUGGUAAUCGGUUCCCUAAACUCUAAGCAAAGAUUCGGGCUUCUAAUUAGUGUCUUUGUUUUACUUUCCUUAAAAUUAUUUUCUAUCAUUGCCACACCAGCAAAGCAAGGUUUAAAAAGGCGGGUUCGGGUUUCAAGGCGGUUUGUUCCUAAGAGGUGAGGCAUAAGCCUUGAGGCAUAUUGAGGCGUAAGCCUCAAAAAAUACAGACAUAUAAAACUUGAUAUAAUUAAACUAGUAACAAACAACUCAAGAAGUAAAGGAUAUCCAUAAUUAUAAGUCCAAAAAGUGUGAGACACAAAUACAUGUGACCUAUUACCGGUAAGUCACUAGGCUUCAAACACACAAAAAGAAACAUCUCACAAAAACAGACACAUCACAGUCUCACAAACACACAUAAACAUCACACACAAAUUGCAUCACAAACAACCAGACACAUAACGCAAUUGACAUAGUUUAUAAAUCUUGAAGGCUUGCAGAUUAAUCAUCAUGAUAGGAAAGCUCUUCGGAAGAAUCAUCAUAUCUUAUGGCGUUAUCACCAUCAUCCCUUCCAUCAUCACUAUCAAAAUCAUCCCAUUCUCCCUCCUCCUCCUCUUCUUCUUCAUCUUCAUCAUCAUCAUUAUCAUUUGCCUCCACUACUUGUUUAUUUUUCUUAUUGUUUCCUUGUUUACCCAUCUGCUUGCUUGAACUUUCUUUUGUUUCGGCUUGCUGUGAUGGUUGACCUCCAAAAAGAUCAACAUCAAGGACAUCAAGGUCAUCCCUAAAUGUGCCUGGUUCCACACCAUUUUCACUGACCAGCCAUUCAUCAUCAGAUGGCAAGUCAUCAACCAACAUAUUUUCCUCUUCAUUGGUGAGGGAUCUCAGUUUAAGGUGCCGAUCUUUAAGUCUUUUGUUGAACAUUAUAUACACCAAAGAGUUCAUCCUAACUGUUGUCAAGCGAUUUCUUCUCUUGGUGUGUACUUGAUUGAAAGUACUCCAAUUUCUCUCACAACCGGAUGAUGAACAAGUAAGACCUAACACUUUUAUUGCAAAUUUUUGAAGCUUAGGAGUGCCAUCUCCAUAUUGAAUCCACCAUUCAACUGAAAAGAAGAAAACGUUUCUUGAACUAUAAAGCUUAAGUGUCCAGAAACAUAUUAUAGGCAGAAAGGUCAAUUGUCAUCUCCAUAUUUCUUUAAAAAGCUAAAAUGUACAGUUUUGAAAAGAAAAUAUCAGAUUUUUAGUAUUAAAUGUGCAGAAACAGGAAGAUUACUAAAUAUGCCAGGGGUUCUCUUAAAGAUUGUAUUCUUUACUUGGGCAAAACCAAAAAAACCUUCUUGGUUAUGGAAAGUGCUGCAUUGAAGGUCAACUUUCUCCCGAUCCUCUCUGCUAGGUAUGAGUCUCCCCAAGCAAUGAAACAAACCAAGCUUGACCUCCGGAUGAGUUGAAAAGUUAUCUGCGUAAUGGCAACGGGGAUUCAGAUAGUAGGCAACUGCAUGCAAAUGGCGAUGCAUCUGAAAAUCCCAUUUCUCAUCAAUAAUAUCCCAUAUUUCUUUGUAAUCUUUUACAUCUCCACCUAAAUUCCUUGCUAUCUUUUCCUUUGCCUCAUCCAUAACAUUAUAGAGGUAAGGCAUUGCAGGUUCUUUUUCAAAGUCAACUAACCUCAACACUUCUACCAACGGUUUUGUGGAUUUGAUAGCAUAGGCCAUACUUAUCCAGAAAUUGUUAGCCUUGAGAACAAUCUUCCUUAUUUCUUUGCCAUCAUGUUUUUUUGCCCAAGUACAGUCCAUCCAUUGUCCAGAAGUAAACAUAGAUUCCAAUGGUUGCCUCCUUUGAUAAAUGCUCUGCAAAGUUAGAAAUGCAGUAACAAAUCUGGUAGCCGCAGGUCGGAUGAGAUCUCCAUUAACAAAUUUCCUCAUCAAGCUUAAAACCCAUGGGUGAUUAUAAAUGAAAUUGGUCACCUUUUUUGCUUUGAUCAGAACACGAGCGUGCGGUGUAAGUUCUGAAAUCUUUUCUAGCAUCAAGUCAAUGCAGUGGGCAGCACAUGGAGUCCAAUAUAGAUGUGGUCUUUUCUCCAUUGGCAUUCUUCCAGCUGCCUUAUAGUUACUUGCGUUGUCUGUCACAAUUUGGACUAUAAGUUCUUCCCCAACUUCCUCAACUAUAUCAUCAAGCAACUUACACAUUAGCUUCGCAUCUUUGACGUGCUCAGAAGCAUCAACACUUUUCAAGAAGACCGUGCCACUGGGAUUGUUAACCAGAAAGUUUAUCAAACUUCUAUGCAUGUUAUCUUCCCAGCCAUCAGACAUGAUUGUCACUCCAGUGUGUGCCCAUGUUUUUUUUAUUUCAUUGACUAUCUUCUCGGUUGUAUUAAGCUCUUCCUUUAAUAUCCAAGUCCUCAGUUCAUACAUGCUUGGAGGUUUAAGACCCCGACCAUAUCCACCCACAGAACGCAACAUAUUAAUAAAAGGACUUCUUGCGACAUUAAAAGGUAUAGAGUUUUCAAAGUAGAACCUGCCUAUGUCCAUACAAACUCGUUUGCGCAACUCUGUGGCAUUUGGUGGGUUUAUGUUGACAUCAACACCAUCACCAACGUUCACCAUAAAUCUGUCUAAAGGCCCACGAGUACCCCUUGUUGGAAGAGUAUUAUCAUUCGCUUGAUCCUCCCCCUCCAUCCCACUGCCAAAGUAAGAACCUACAGCAACACACUCUUCAAAUUCUUGUUGUGCCAGUCUUUUUUUGCAGCUCCUUUAUUCAAAUAGUCUUGGAUUUUUUUUUAAUUUCAUCAGACACUUCUUUACAAGGAGCAUCAUUCUUUCUGGUACAAGCAAGAUGAUCUUUCAUCCUCUUUACACCUCAUGUGAUUGUUCUUUCACAAUAAUUGCACUUUAGGUAUACAUAGCUCUUCUUUUCAUCUCUAGGGCCUGUUACUUGAACACUAUGAUUCCAAGCAGGAUCUCUUCUAUUCCUAGUAGCACCAGUAGCAAUACCAAGGCCUUCAGAACUACUAGGUGUAGCAGUAGAACCAUGACAUCUUUUCUUUGAACCUCUCACCAUUAAACUAAAUCUACGCAGAAGUAUUAUUAAUAACAUGACUAAGGAAGAAAAGUAAAUCCUUUACCAGUUAGAAAACAUGAACAACAGUUUUGUAAAAGAAGGAUAAGAAGCAGUGAAAGAGAAGAAGAACAACAAUUCUGUAAAAGAAGGAUAAAAAGCAGUGAAGGAGAAGAAAUGAAGGAGAUGAGUUGAAUAAGAAUAGGAGCAAGAGAAGGGGAUGGAGAAGAAGAGAGGAGAAGAAAAGUUACCUGGAAGCUUUUGGGCUGUUGUAAGGAGAUGUCGCAGGAGAAGAGAGAGUUCUUUGCGGUGAAUAGAAAGUAUACGUUAAGGUUCAAAUCCUUAUAAGGAUUUGAAUGAAAUAAGACAUGUUAGGGUUUAGUAUAUGGGCUUCUAUUUAGAAAGAACUCUGGACUUUUUAUUAAAUGAAAUACUUGGGCCUGUUUUAAGUUACUGCGCAAGUGUUCAAGGCAUGCGCCUCAACAAACGCCUCAAGGCGCGCCUCAAGGCGUGCGCCUCAAUCUAUGAGGCGUAAGCCUCUUUACCUGCGGAAAAAACCUAUGCCUUGAUACCCAACCAGUACGCCUCAGCUUGAGGCGCGCCUCAGAACCCACCUCAUAAGCACCUUUUUAAACCAUGCAGCAAAGAGGCUGGUCCACAAAGCUGUAGGACGAGUCCAUGAGAUCAAUUUGUGCAUUUUGAACCCUAAGCAAUGUCCCAUCUCUAUGGUUUUGGGCUAUCUUUAUUUUAUAAGGAACGCGGCGUAAUGUGUUUCCCAUCUUUCUCAUGAACACAUGACUUUUUUCUCUUUCUUCAUUGCCAUUAUCCUUCUAUGGUAUUUUUUCCUUCUCUGUAUUUAUAUUCGUUUGAUGUGUUUUUCUAUUUCCUUAUUUUAUCAAGAUACAUGACAUUAUCUUUGUCAUGUGAGGACAGUUGUACAGCAGGAUAUCCAAGCCUCAACAUUAUUGUAGUCAGAAGAGGUUUUGUGCCUCGCCAUCACCACCCCUUGCAGCUAGAUUGGUUGGCGGAGAAGUAGUGAGAUAGGUCACGGUUGCAUGACAGUUGGUGGUGACAUUAGUGACAAACUGUGGGUUGUCUUGGGUUUGAGAAAAUUGUGAGGUUAGUUGUGGUAUAGUUUGAGUUGCCAUCGCAACUCUACUUGUUUUCAUUGGGCUUGUGGUAGGUUAUGGACAUAUUAGAUUCCAUCUUGAGGUUUUUUGUGCCAUUUGGUGAUUACCUGGUAGUUGUUUGUUGGGAUGUAGAUAUAUUUUUGUUGAAUUUGUCCCAGAGCUCCCUUUUUAAUGUUGCCAGUUGAUGAAGGGUUGGUGGUGUUGGAAUCCAUUGGUCCAAUGUAGCACCUCACCUUUUAUACGCUGAAAAGAUAUCACUAGUUAGGAUCAUGGUUUUAAAUUGCGGUUGCGGUCUUUCGGUUGUGGCUAUUGUGGCCGCUGCUAUACGUAUUGCGGCCGAUGCGGCGUGAAAUAUUUUCAUAUUCGCACCAAAAAGGAAUCUAAUAAUUUUUUUGUAUUCUUUAACAAAUCUUGUACUUCGUAUUAAUCUUGUCCUUGGGCCCUAAUGGCUCGAGCAUAUCCCUUCAUGGAUUUUCUCCAUCACGGACGCUGCGGUUGCGGGAGGCAUACAUUUCAGGUACGGUCCUCCGAACAUCUUCUUAUAGAGCUGACUGUCUAUAAGUUCGAAGCUCGGGGCCCUCCUCUUUAACAAUCUGGCCCGUAUGUCAUUAUCAGGAACUGACCCGUCACGGAUGUAGUUGGUCAGUUCGAUUACCCAAUUGGUUUCGGCAAAAGAAAUGGCCUCGACCGUAAUGACCUCUGGGGCGGGGCUCUCCAAUACCUCCAUCCUGGCAAUUCAAGUGAUAUGGGGUGGAAUUCCCUGCCCCGCAUCCCCCGUGGCUUCAUGGCUCAUCUUGGAGAGUAUGUCCGCUUCUGCAUUCUCGAUCUGGGGUAUUUGUUCGAGGAUGACCUUUGUGAAUCUCCCGAUCUCAGCUUCCGCAAGGUCCCGGUAUACCUUCAUCCUCUCUUCCUUGGCCUCUGCUUGGCCAUUGAUUUGGCCGACCACCAGUUAACUGUCCGACCGGGCCUUUAACCGUUCGGCUCCCAAUGCUCUCGCGUAUUUUAAGCCAGCGAGCAUGGCUUCAUACUCAGCCUCGUUAUUGGUUGUUUUGAAGCCAAAACGGAUAGAAUAAUAGGCUUUGAAACCCUCCGGAGUGGAUAUAACCACACCGGCCCCACAUCCUUUGCUGCUAGUGGCCCCAUCGGUAUACAUCUCCCACCAACCAUCUCCCGAACCCUCUCCUUGCUGGAUUCCGUCCAGUCGAGCUGUGCAUUCUACCACGAAGUCCACCAAGGCUUUCCCCUUGAUGGUUGGGCGGGGUUUGAACUCGUUGUUGUAUUGCCCAAUCAUCAGUGCCCAUUUCGUGAUUCUUCCGCUCACCAUUGGAUUCCUGAGUAUGGUGGCGAGAGGAUGCGUUGUAUAUACCACCACCGGAUGAGCCUGGAAAUACGGGGCCAGACUUUUGAUGGUGGCGAUCAGAUCCAAGAUCGUCUUUUCCAUGAGGGUGUACCUCGUCUUGGGACCGUUCAGCGCCUUGCUCACAAAGUAGAUCGGACGUUGCACGUCGUCCGUCUCCUUUAGCAGGGCCGCACUCACUGCGAGGUCCCCGACUGCCAGAUAGACAUAGAGCUGCUCCCCCGGGUCAGCCUUGGUGAGGACGAGCGGUGAUGAAAGGUAAUUUUUAAAGUCCUUGAAGGCCGCCUGGCACUCUUCUGUCCAUUGGAAAGAGUUGGCCUUCUUCAUUAUCUGGAAGAAUGGGAUCACUCGAUCCGCCAGCUUGGCCAUGAAUCUACUGAGGGCAGCCAAUCGGCCCGUCAGUCGCUGUACCUCUUUCAGAUUCCGUGGGGGUUGCAUUUCGAGGAUGGCCUGAACCUUCUCCGGGUUGGAAUCUAUUCCUCGCUCGCUCAUCAUGUAUCCCAGGAACUCCCCCCCCCCCCCCCCCCCCCCGGACUGCACUGCGAAAGCGCACUUCUUCGGAUUCAGCCUCAUCCGGGCCUUCUCCAUGAUGCUGAAGACCCGCUCCAUAUCCCUAACGUGAUCCCCCUUGAGCCUACUCUUGAUCAAGAGGAUCCUAAUCAUCCUCUGGAAGGUAGCCAUCGCAUUGUGCAAGCCGAACGGCAUGACAACGUAACAAUAUACGCCGUCCGAUGUCACGAAUGUUGUUUUCUCGGCAUCGUCCGGAUGCAUGAACACCUGGUGAUACCCCCGGAAGGCAUCCAUGAAACUCAACAGCUCGCACCCCGCCAUCUCAUCUACCAGCAGAUCGAUGCGGGGCACGGGAUAGGGAUCCAUCGGGCAGGCCUUGUUGAGGUCCGAGUAAUCCACGCACAUCCUCCACGUGUGUCCUUUAGGUGCUAGGACCACGUUGGACAGCCACUCCACAUCUACCACCGGUCUGAUGUGCUUGAUGGUCAACAACAUCGUUACUUCCUUUUUGGAAAAAUCCCGUCGUUCGACCGCCAUGUAUCUCUUUUUCUGCUGUACUGGCUUGGCACAGGGCCCGCUCGAAACGUUUACGCUCGGCCGUCGUGUCGGCCGUCUCCCCUCCCCCGAAAAUUACCUUGAUCUCCAACCGAUCCUUGGGGCCGGACGCUCCUUUUCCUUCCGGGCCCUUCCCCCUGUUCUGCGGCUUGUCGUGCUGGCGGAAGGCCUCACCCUUGGGGGCGGCCUCCCUCUUGGCAUCCCUCCUCCAAGUCCUGGGGCGUUUCGCCUGCUGGGCGUACUGCCCGGAAUACUCACCGAGGUACCCCCAUUUAAUGAGGUCCUCAAUAGCAGUUUUCAGGUUUUGGCAAUCAUCUGUCCGAUGUCCCGGCUUCUGAUGAUAAUUGCAAAAGGCAUUCAGGUCCCGCCCCAUGCGUUGGUUAUCCGUCCUGGGUGGUGCAGGUAGGAGAUUCGUGGCCCGGAUCUCCUCGUGGAUCACGGAGAUUGGCAAUGUUAGCUUGGGGACUUUAUGGUCAGCGAACCUUGGCAACAUGGAUUGCUGCUUGGACUUCUUCUUGGAGGCGCUGGGGCCGAGCCGGUCCAGUGCCUUGGCCUUGGCCACCUUGGGAACCUCCUCACGGGCUUUCAACUCCUCCUCGAUUGUCGCUUAAUCUUGUGCGCGCUCGAGGGCCACCGCAUAGGAUAUUGCUUUAUCCAACUUCAAUGAGCGAUACAGUUCCCCCGACCUCAAUGUGUCGGUGAAUAAAACCUUUGCAAUCGCCUCAUCCAGCCUCUCAACCUUGAGGGUUUCAUCCCUCCACCGGAUGAGGAAUUCAUUCAAUGUUUCGGUCGCCCCUUGUCGGACGCUCGAUAGGUAACUGGAAUGCCUCUUCGCUUGGGUGCUUGAGGCGAACUGGGAUAGGAAUAAUCUUGACAGUUCUUCAAAACUAUCUAUGGAUCCGGGCGCCAGCUGCCCGAACCAUUCCUGCGUCGGGCCCUUUAGCGUGCUAAAGAACAAACGGCAAAUGGCCUCGUCCGGCGCCCCUAAGAGCAUCAGCCCUCCCUGAUGAGAUACGAUGUGAGCCCUAGGGUCGCCCGUGCCGUCGUAGGAUAACCCGGUCUGCGGCUGGAACUCCUUGGAGAUUGGGACCGCCAUGACCCGUUCUGUGAACGGGGAAGUAAUAUAUUACUUCCGUUCUGUCGGGGCCUUCACCACCAGCUUGGUGAGUUCCGCGACUUGGAGCCGGAGGGCCUCCACUGCUUCAUUGCGUUCGACAGUAGGAGGAGGGGGGGUGGUACUGGAGUUGCGUUUACCAGAGGAACUAUUGUUUCCCUCCGGAUACGUUCCAGGGUCCCCGUGCGUGAGGCUGGGGGUGGGUUAGGAGUUACGUUUACCGGGGGGACCACGGUCCCCCCGGAUACGAUCCCGAACCUCCCCCCUCGGUCUGGCUGCCGAUGCCUCUGAGCGCCUCUCUACGCUCCGUUCCGUCGUCGAGUGGACCGUCGCCCGUUGUGGCGGCAUGGGAGCACCACUCCCACGCGCCGGUGUUCGAGAAGGUCUCUGGGCCCCUUCUCUGGCCACCUCCUCCCGAUACUCCCGGACCUGGCGCUGUAGUUCGGACCGGGUAAACCAUACCUCCUGCCCAUCGAUGUAAGUGCGGUUGUCUCUUCUGGCCCCUCCUGGCAUUGGGCGUUCGGCCCCCUGCCCACUAUGCCCCCUACCGGCGCUCAGCCGAUCCAAAGCAGACGGUCGACCUCCUGUCGAUUCGUCUGUAUAGUCUACCAGGCUCCUCAUCCGCCUAACGGGGCUCAUUGGCGUCCACACCGAUUGGGACGAUCCCCCAGCAUAUCCGUUGGAUCCAACACCAUGGUCGGCCAUGCUCUCCAAUGUCCGAGCUAAGGCCCGAAGGGUUUCCAGAUCGGUACGUAGUCCUUCAGCCAGGAGGCGGGUAAGUUCCCCGUUGCCCCCGGUUGCUUGGUCAGGCGUCCUAGCCUCGGACGCUGUAUCUGAAUUUUGUCCCCUCGACCGCCUCCCUGCAGCAAGGAAAUUGGCGAGGUCGGCAGUUGCUUCGUUCCUGUUAGAAUGUCCAGCCAUCUUACUGUUCCAGAUCUUGAUUUCGCGAGCGUUUAGCUUAAACGGGAAAGAAUGUCACUUGAUUUCGUUCAAGGUUCCCACAGACGGCGCCAGUGUUGAGGUUAAUUACCCCAGGCCCAAGUCUCAACACGAUACUUGGGAAGUGUUUCUUGGUCAUUUGAUAUAAUUCAGCAUGUUCAUUCAGCACACAAAGUAAACAGCUUGUUAUAUCACUGUGACUUAAUCCAGACAGACGUCUUAAUUCAUAUAGGACUUAAUGGAAAAAAAAGUAAACAGCCCCUUAGCCUGAUGGCCUGGAACGAAGGGAACUAGUGAUAUGAGCUCUAGCAAUAAAUAGCAACCAACCCCUUACAAUGAAAUAAAUGCAUCUAUUUAUAGUAAGGGGAAUAAGUACGGAAAGAUGAUGAGGUAGCAUUCUAUUGGCCGACAUCCAACCAUAAUUUCCAGAGCAUUAAAUGCGUGUCCCAUCUGAAUCCAGGAGUCCCAUCAAGGGUAGGGGCCCUGACACGCCCAUCCAAGUGGCCGAUCGGGGCGUCCGUUCUGGGCCCGAUCGGGGCGUCUUCCGCUCGGAGGAUCUCCGUUCGGCAUGGGCACGUUCGGAUUGUCAGUCCGCCGUUGUGUGUUCGUCGCCGUAUUGGGCCGGCCCAUCUGAGGGGGGAUCAAUACCCCAACAGAUAUUACUAAAUUAGAUUCAAAUGACAAAAAUAUGACUUGUUUAAAAAAAUCCAAAAAUGUGAUUAGUAUAGUGACUAAUGCAUAGUGACUCUUCAUCAUCAAUAACUAACUUACUUUAAAAUAUACUAUAGUUACUACUUAUGCAUAGUGACUAGUCAUAUAUUUGUCCAAAAACAUAACUAGUCAUAUUUUUGUCAAAGAAAACUCUAAUAGUAAUAUUCAUGUAAUUUUUUCUUAAUUGAAAUAGAGGCAAAAAGGUAAAAUGGAAUCCUAUUUAUGAGAGAAAUAGACAUUAGUAAUAUUUAGAGAAAUGAAUUUAAUUUUAGUCCUAUUUAGGGCUAUUUUCUCUUUUUUAUUUGGUUGUGUAUUGGUUUUUAUAGCAAGGUCGAAAGAAGUGCCCUCGCGUUGACAAAUAAAAUUUCAGGCACAUUUUGGAAUUUGAAGUCCCCCUCUCAGCGAACAUCCAAAAGGAGGAGGUUACCGAGAGCUUUCUAUUAGCAUGUGUAAUAGACUAAUAGUUGUUACAUAUCAGUAGAACCCACCCGAGAUAGAGCAAUCUUGAUGAGCUCAACAACUUAACUUUACCAUUGAAAACAAUUGGCCAACUCUAUAAAUCUAAUGAACUUUGAUUAUCUUUUGUUAAUGAAAUCUAUGUGUUUUUCAACGUGACUUUUGAAAUAAAAUGUGAAAUAUUAUUAUGUAUGUCGGGAGUUUUGGAUUCAUACCAAGGUUGCUGCAUUAGAAAGUAAUGGUGAUUGGUAGUACCUUGCGUGUAACAAAUGUUGCAAAAAGUUUGAACUGAAAGUGUUCAGAGGUAAUGUUUUAAUUAUUGUUUACUUAUAUGUAUGAAUUUGAAAAAUGAGGUGUCUUAGUUAUCAAAUGAAGUUGAUGAAAGGAAUGAAAGUUAUAAUUGCAGAGCCGGAUGGAUAAGAAUGGAUGAGAAGCAGUCCCAAGCUAUGUCCAAUUCUACAUGGAUUACAGGGCUUUCUCUUUUGGAAUAUCCUGGACUCAAACCUAUAGAUCCUGCUUAUGCCUUGCCUGUUAAUGUUGUAAACCGAAUCAUCUUUAAGAAGUAACACUUGGGUCAUGACUGUUGCUGACAGUUCAUCCAAUUUUCACCAAACUCAAGAGAUGUAUAGACCGACCACCCUACAUCAAGAAAAGCAAGGCAUCAACGUUAGAGAGUAAGUCUCAGAAUGGAGAAUUUUUCCAUUGGAAGUAGCGCACAAGCUUCGCUGCAAUACGGUAAGUUGACUAUACUACUUGCACUACAGUCAUUUCUUAGAAGCGUGGCCUUCAAUGCUAUUAGAAAUUUACAUUUGGCUUUAAACUUUUCAACAUUUUUGUACAAACACGUAGAUAAUACAUACAUAAAUAAUGGUAUUAAUUUACGCCAUAUUUCAGAUGAAAGCAAUAGCUUAUUUACACUAAAAGUGUUACAUGGAGGAAAUAUUGACUUACACACUACACCACCUGUGUAUCUGGGAGGUCAAAUAGAGUUCUUUAAAGAGGAUGCUGAUGAGUUUGGUAUUAUAGCUCUAACCGAAAAAAUGGAGGAAUUAGGAUACAGUAACUUAGAAGAACUUGAGUUUUUUUCACUUUCACACCAUGGUCUGGAAAAACUAGCCACAGAGAAACAAGUUUGGAGCUUGACUAAAGACUUAGGUUCAAGAAGAAUGUUAGAAAUAUGGGUAGUGUGUAGGACAACAAGAAAAGAUGAUGAUUAUGACUUCGCAAGAAAUCUGGGUAGUGUUAAUCAAACCGGUCAGUUUACAGGAAACUGUGAAUGGGAAUGGGAUAUUGGUUUGUUAGGUGAGCAUAUCAUUGAGGAGAACUCUAUACUGAGAGAUGAGUAUGGAGGAUUUGAAGAUUUUACACUCACUGACAAUGCUCUAACAACAUGGCACAGCACCCUUGAAGUGCCAAACUUUUCAGAUGAAGGUUCUAUCAAUGAUUCAGGGUCUGACAGUGACAAAAAUGAAGAAAAGUGGCCCACAUUUAAUGCUAGUAUUGACAUGCAAGAUCCUGAGUUUAAGUUAGGCAUGACUUUUUCUACUAAAGAGGAAUUUAAAGAAGCAAUGCAAAACUAUGCCUUUAAGAACGGGAAAGAUUUGAGAAUUGAGAAAAAUGAUAAGGUUAGAUACAUUGUCCAAUGUAAACACAUGACGUGCCCAUGGAAAAUAAAUCUUAGAAAAGUGUUAGGGUCUUUAUCAUGGAGGAUAUUGGGUUAUGUGAGUAAGCAUGAAGGUUGUUCUUGGACAUAUCAUAAUAAGAUGGUGAACUCAACCAAGUUAGCAAAGCGAUGGGUGAAGGAAAUCAAAUCUCAUACUUCUUGGAAAAUGAAGGAGUUCAGAGAGAAGGUAUGCACCGAAGAGAACUUUCAUGUGAGUAAUAAGCAAGCAUACCGAGCAAUGGAGAAGGCCAAAAAACAAAUACAAGGUUCUGAUGUUGAGAACUUUAAUCAAAUUUGGAGAUACUGUUUGGAGAUUAAUAAAACAAAUCCUGGGACAACUUGUUGUGUGAAAUUGAGUGAUUUAACAGAUGCAGAUGGCCAAAAUAGGUUUCUUCGAAUCUAUAUAUGUUGGGAGGCUUGCAAGAUGGGAUUCAGACACUGUAGAGCUAUAGUUGGUGUUGAUGGAACUCACCUAAAAUCACACAUUGGUGGACAAUUACUUACUGCCAUCGGAUAUGAUGCGAAUGACUCACUCUUUCCUUUAGCAUACGCAAUAGUUGAAGGAGAGACACGAGAUGCAUGGACCUGGUUCUUGCAAUUACUGAAAAGGGAUCUAGGGAUUUCUGGUGAAAAUGAGAAUAUGUUCACUUUCAUAUCUGACAAACAGAAGGGUCUACUCCCAGCUUUUAAACAUGUCUUUCCUACUGUAACACACAGGUAUGCUACAAUGUUUCACUUGUUCUAAAUGCAGCUUAUUACUUUACAUCACAUUCCAUCUAUUUAAAAGCACACUACACAUGACAAUCAGAAUCAUCAAGAGGGCUGCUGGCAUUUUUUUCAGAGACAACAACUUCCAAGUUUCCUUCUUUUUCACCCUUAUUUCUAUCUCUUUUAUUUUUUUCUGCAAAUUCUGAAUUUCUUCUUCAUGACGGUUGAUCUUUCUCAGUAACCCCGGGAUAAUCCUCUUUGCUCCGUUGCACAUAGGAGGGUCAAACCAUUGCAUAAAUCCACAUGACAUGUUGCUCUGAAAUGAAACAAACCACAAUAGGAAUCCAUUCGCCAUACUCAUAAUAUUGACCUUGAGAGUUCUGCGAAUUAGAUGAAGACCUUCGAUCCUUUGCCUCUAUUGCGUUCAGAAAAGAAGGAGAAAUUUGCAGAAGAAGAAUGGAAUAAUGGGUGAAGCGGAGACACAAAUGGAAGAAAUCGUAGGGUUUAUUUAGAAUGACGAUCGAUAACUAAAAGGGAUGGUGUAAUAAUAGGGAUGGUGUAAAGUAAAUGACUCUUUUAACCUUCAUAAAAUGGCACAUGAAUGGCACAUGUACGUUUCUUGCCGGAUAAAUAAGCCCUAGGACCAAAAGUGGCAAGUAUUUGAUAGUCGUGGGACUAAAAUUGUCCCUGACAGUAAAGUCGGGGGACCAAAAAUCGAAAAAUGUGUAAUAAGUUAUUACUAAAUAUUAGCGCACAAGCUCAAGUCUGAAGAAAAGAAGCGCGGAAGGAGACGAGCAUUUGAGCCGACUGUGAAGUCUGAAUAGUCAACAAGAUGAAAGCAAAGCAACCGAGCACUGAAGGAGACACUUGGCUGAGGGGCCUGCUGGUUUUGUGGGCCAUGAUAAAUUGAGUAGAGAAAUCAUGGACUAAGUUACGCAACGUUCAAACACUUCACCCUACAUGGAUGCUUUCGUAUGUUCUUCAGAAUUGCAUUUGUACGAAGAUGGGCGACUCGUCGUACUUAUGAUCGAAGUAUUUGGUUGUUGUGAGAUCAUCUGAUUCAUCUUCAAGGAGUAUUGUGACCAAACUAUUGCGUGAAUCAUUGUUUCCUUAAUCACCCACCGCGGCUAAUAUAAACAAUCCCAACCCAAGAGGAAACACCUCAAUGAUUCGUGGUAGAAGAACUUCAGCGUUCGUCUUCUUCGAACUUGCUAUGUUUUGCUUGGACCGUUUAUCUUUUUAAUAAGGGUAAUUUAGAUAUUGAAAUUAUUCAGGGUCGUGAAUAGCAAUUUCGGAGCUGUGAAUAGGCAAAUAAGUGCAUCUUCCUCAAAGUGAAAGACAAAUCUAAAUAUGAAUUUAUAUACGCCAAAACAAAGAUCGUUUUUCAUCAAUAUUAAAAGAAAAACUAAAGACAACCAUACGACUACACUUGAAUUUUCUAAAAAAUGUUUGCAUACAAUUAUUAUGCCCUUUAUUUAUUAGGGAGAACUAUCAAAUAAGCCCUCGAACUUUCAUAAAAAGUGCAUAUAAGCCCUUUUAUAGGAGGUUCUGUCCGGCCGUCGCCAUUUGGGGCGGUUUCCGAUGGACCUUUUUUAUGAAAUUUUUUGAGCAUCUUCUUCAUUAAGUUUAGUUUACUCAUACCAAAUUUAAGCUAAACAUUCAACCGGGAAGGCAGUCAAAUGAAUUUUUGAAGAUAACUGUGCAGCUUCAUUAAGUAUAUUUCAGAUAACUGUGCAGCUUCAUACCAAAUUUUUUGAGCAUCUUCUUCAUUAAGUAUAUUUCAGAAAAUCAUUUGACUGCCUUCUCAGUUGAAUGUUUAGCUAAAAUUUGGUAUGAAUAAAUUAGACUUAAUGAAGAAGAUGCUCAAAAAUUUUCAUCAAGAAACUCCACCGGAAACCACCUCAAAAGGCUACAGUCGGACAAAGCAUCCUCUAAAAGGGUUUAUUUGCACUUUUUAUGAAACUUCAAGGGCUUAUUUGAUAGUUCUCUGUAUUUAUUACUUACUCCGUAUUUACAUUUGUAAAAACAAUCUACAACUCAAACAUAUAAUUGAUGAAUUUUCUCCCAAAAAAUGAGUUAAUUACUUUUAUUUUGUAAUUAUAUUGUAACAUUUAUCAUUAUCACGCAUUAAUACGACGCUAAAUAUUUGAUAGAGUAUAUCUAGAGAGAAGUGAGAGCUAGAGAGAGAAGUGCAAUAAUAUGCUUCAAUAGAAUGAAUUUGUCACCCCUAUAACUACUCCCAAGGGGAGUAUUUAUAGAGAAAAUACGGGCUGGGCUCCCAAGCCUUGGGCUUGGGAGGCCCAUUUACAACUGGACCGCUACUGGGCCGAAUACAAAGUCACUAAUGGGCUGUACAAAUGAGUAAGUGUAGAAUCCGGUUCUGUGGAGUCUUCCUGGCCGACGAGGGCCUGGCCGACGAGGGCACGGCCGACGAGGGCGCGGCCGACGAGGGCACCCGGGUUCCUUGGCUUCAGGACCAUAAUCUGAGUUGGCACCUUUUCGGCCGACGGGGGUCCCUUGGCCGACGAGGGCGCCACUCUCUGUCUUGUGCUUUCUGUUCUUCCGAGUAUGUGGGUCCGGGGGCUCAGACCCAUAUACUCCAUCAGGAGUCCCCCACUCUCUAAGCUGAGAUGCAGGCGAAGUGAAGGAGAGUAGAUUCCCGUGCUUUGUUGCUUUUGGCCGAUGCGGGCAUUCCCAGGCCGUCAGCUGUUGCAGCGUUGGCGCUGUUUCUAUUUUGGUGAUCCUGUUCUGUGCUUUGGCCGUUACCUGCUCCUUGCUGUGGGCGGGGGAGGUCGUUGUUUCCUUGAUGUGUUCAUUUGGGGAUGAUAAGUGUCCUGCUUCACUGGUGGCCGUUGAAGGCACGCUUUCCCUUUCUUGGACGUUGAUGGUUGAAGUUUACGUUUGGACCGAUGAGGUCACUGAGGUUGAACCUUGCUUUGAGGACGAUGGCGUCCUUUCCUUUGGGUGGCCGAUGAGAGUGUUUGCGCACUCCUUUUGGCCGUCGCUGAUUGGCUUUCGUGUUCUUGGCCGAAGAGCCCAUCAUGAUUAACUGUUGGCGGAGGACGAUGAGUGUCCUUGCCUUAGGUGGCCAGUUGGCCGUUGCUGAUGAUGUUAUGUGCCUUUGGCCGACGAGGCGCAGUGUGAUACAUGGCCGAUGUGGCCAUGCUUUGUGGUUACAUUUGUGUUUGCAUUUUUCCUUUUGUUUUGUUGAGGCCGGUGUAGUCCCCUAGUCCCCCACUGCUUCAGGCCGAAGAGAGUGAGGGGUGAAGGAGUUGCUUGAGUCCCUGGCCGAAGCGGCCUCUCCGUAGUCCCUCUGAAUCCAACCCUCAUGGCGAUUUUCUGGCCAAGGUAACCCUGUGGGAGAACCCUUGUGCGCAGAUCGCUUGUAGAGGGUUAUCAUCAAGGGUCGUUACGGGGAGCCGGUGGGCGUUCAUGACAUUCCUGGCCGUUGUCAUCUCCUUAUUGUUGGCAUUUGUGAACUUGGCAAGUAAAUAGGCCGUUGUGGGCGUUUGCUGGCACUUGUGAAGCCGGCCAGUGUGUAGGCCGUAGAGUCUGAUUCGCUAUUGGGCUCUUGAUAUGUAGCUUGGCCCGUUGGUGACGUGGUGGCCUCCCAUUGGUGGCCGUUGAUGUGACCAUUGGGAGGGUGCCACGUGUAGUGACCGUUGGGUGGGGGGUUCUAUAAAUACCCCUCCCCCUCCGAUGAGAAAACUCAUUUGCAUUCUGAGUUGUCGAAGUGCUGGCCAAAUUUCUAGAGAGAUAAACUCCCAAGCUUGUUCUUUGUGUUCUUCGUGUUCAAGGUUAGUGUUCAUCGCCAUCUUCUGUACUUUGCAUACUUUGCUUCCUAGGCUAGUGAUCUAGUGUUAGGCGCUUGAACACCCUUAGAUCCUAAGUUACUCCCCUUAGGCUCGUAGUAGUUGUUAUGAUGAAGAGCUUGAACGAAGACUACUAUCCGUACGACGACCAGCCCUCCACUAGGUCUCUUGACUAUGAGGUGCUCGAGGAGUUCGAAGAGGAGAUACAACACUUAAGUCCUUACAAGUCCGGAGAGCCGGUGGAUGACGAAGUCGAGGACGAGGAGUCCGCCUCGUCUUCAAAAGGUGAGGACGCAAGUGCGUCCCGAGUGGUGGAUGGGGCGUCCACUUCCGCUGUCAUUCCAUGCCCGAGACCGGUGUCUGCCGUGAAGGGAGCAGAUAAGCCGAAGAGAGUAAGGAGGCCGAAGAGUGGGCCGGGCAUCUCUUACCUGGAUCUCACAAACAUCUUCUUGAUCAAGCCGGAGAGCAGCGCGGCCGACUACCUGGUUGCCCAGAUGUACGUGGGGCCGUUCGGGCGGGUUAGGGCACCCAGGCCGACGGACCAUGUUCUUCUUCCGCCACCGGGAUACUUUGGAGUAUACCCGAUGAGUUUUGCCAAGGGGCUGAGGUUUCCCCUUCAUCCCUUCAUCACCGAAUACCUUGACAUGGUGGGGCUCCCUCCGGCCUUGCUGACGCCGAACAGCUACUCGCUGAUGGUGGGGUUCUUGCUCCGCUGUGAGGAGCUGGGCUACAGGCCGACGACGGCUCUGUUCAUGAACCUGUAUCAGAUCGGCCGAGGAAGUCACAAAAACUGUGCGGCCUAUGCUACUCUUCAACAGCUGCCGAAGAAGAGGAGCUUCACGGACUUGCCUUCGUCCAUUCAUGGGUGGAAGAGCAAGUUCGUUUUUGUAUCCCUUGGUGAGAAUGGCACCGAGUUUCCCUCUCUCGGCCAUACCGGGAGGUUCAAUCUGCAUGACCCGCCGAAGAGUUCUAUCUUGGACGCUCAGGUGGAGGCUUUCUUGGAAGGGGGGCCGAGGAACGUGAAGGAUUAUAUCACCGAAUACAAGAUGACCGCCCUCGGCUUCUUAAGAUACCAUGUAUACGGUGAUAAGGAGGACGAUAUCCAACUCUGGCCGAGGAUGACCACCACCUUUGAAGAGGCCGACGGCCCGGAUUUGGGCAUUCCUGCUGAGGCCGAUGGUAAUUAUUUCUUCGGCUUUCUUCCUUUAUGAUUUGUUCUUUUGCCUUGCUAAUCUGUUGUUUUUCCUUUGUGUAGAUUUUGUCAUGGAUCGUCGUUCCAUCAUGGCUAUAGCCAAGGCCAAGGCGGCCGAAGAGUUGGCUGCAAAGGCGGCCGAGGCGGCCAGACGUGCCGCGGCCGAGGGAGGCGGGGCUACUGCUGAUGCGGCCCCAAAGCCUGCCCAGUCCAAGAAGAAGAGGCCUCCCACUGACGGCCAGAAGAAGUUGACUGAGGCCGGCCUGAACGUCACCAAGAAGACGAAGAGGGCAUCGUCUCCUUCCCAGGCUACUGAGGUCGGCACUCUUACCGUCCCCAGUGUGGACAAUAGUGGUCCUGUUGUCGACCUCACUGCUGCUCCUAGCGAUGUUGCCCAAUCGCUCCCUCUCGUCCAGGAGCCACGGACGAAGAGGGCCGGCAAGGAGAUUGUCGGUGCCACCUACCAGAAGAUGGUGGAAUACCCCGUCGGCGGGGGUGUUUUCGACGACGUCGUCCUCGGCCACGAUGUGCUGGCUCAGGCCAUGCCGGCCAAAGAUAGGGCCUACCUGAAGAGGCUCGGGACGUGAAGGUGUACGAGGGCGGGAUGGACCUCCUCGUCCAAGUAAGUUCCUUUCCUUUUGCUUGCCGUUUUUCUCGUCGUCCGUGUAGAGUCAUUUGCCUGAGUUUUGUUUUCCUUUUUUAUGCAGGGUGCCUUUAUGCUCAUGGAGAGCCAUAAGAGGCAGUACCGGGAGAUAGCUCGUCUGAAAGAGCUGGAGCAGAAAGCUGCCUCGGCCGAUGAGGCGGUAGCUUGCUUGGAUCGGCUCCGGGAGGAUGCCAAGGCCUUGCAACAAAAGGCCGACGAGGCCGCCGCAGCCAAGGACGAUGCUCUGGCCAAACUCGAGGAGAGCCAAAGGGCGCUUGAGGCCGAGCGGCGCAAGAACGAUGAAGCCGUGAAGGUGAAAGCUGAGGCCGAGGCUGCCGCUGUGAAGGCUGCUGAUGAGGCCGUUAAGCAGUUCCUGGCCGAGGGGUGGAAGGCCGAUGAGCGGCUCUCCUGGUGCUAUGAGGUGGUGGCCGCUAAGCUUGAAGAUUGGGGGAUGAACUCCCCCGCCGGCCAGGAGUAUUUCAGCAGGGAGAUGGCCGUGUACUAUAACAUGGGCCAGGAGCGGAUGCAGAGGCUCUUGUGUCGGCGGCUGUCUCGUGCUCUUAAGGCCAUGAACUAUACUUCCGGGUGGGCUAGACGGAACUUGAAGCUUCCCAAGCUGAUGAAAGAUCCCGAAGAGCAGGCCAAGCUUCCUCUGUCGGAGCGGGAGUCCCCCAUUGAGAGUUCCGGCCUCGGCGAGUCGGAUUACACGGAGUUUGACUUCCUGGACGACGCUACCAGUUCUGCGGCUGCUGCCGGCCAGGAGACUGAGGCCGAGGAGGGAAGCGAAGACGUCGAAGAGCCAGCCGAAGAUGGAGGCGCUCAAGAGGCUUGAUCGGCUACUCCCCGCUCCCUUGUUAUUAGUUUUUCAUUUUUGCCGAAUUGAUGUAAUGGCCGAAGCGCCCCCCAUUGUACUGAAUUGAUUAUGAAUGAAAUUUUUUGCUGUCUUGCUCGGCUUUGAAUUCCUUGUAUGCUUAUUGCCCUUUGCCCUUUCAAUUCUGAAAUUUGUCUAAGUGUAAAGGUUACAAUUUGGGUCACCCGCGAGUGUCUGCUACGUCCGUGAGGUAGUCCAUCCUGUCCGGUGGCCUGGUCGGCCUGGCCGUCGUUUCUUUCCGGCCUGGUGGCUUGGUCGGCCUGUCCGGUGUUUCUUUGCUGUCGUAACACUUAGGAUUUAUUCAGAAAUUUCCUAAGUGCUGAACCAAUGUCGUUGUGGUCGGCCCAGUGUUUUCAUGGCCGUUGCGUUCCUUUGUUCCUGAUCUGAUCAGGAAGGUCGGCCUGGAUCCUUGUGAUGUGGCCGAUAAUGGCACCUCGAACUUGCCUUUUUGAUCUUAGAAUUUUUUCUAAGUACACAUGCAAGGCGUAGGUAGCUAACGGCCUUGGAGUAUACAGGUACCCGCUUCGUCUAGAGUUUCUCCAUUUAGGUACUUAGAGAUUUUUCAACAAAGUACAAGUGUAGGACAUAGUUCCUUCUUUGUGGUACCGCUGCCGGCUAAGAGGUGGCCCUACCCUCAUCGGCCAAGGUCUGGCUUGUGGCCGAUGAGGGUGCCCCUUGCUUUCCCAAGGAGAUGGUCUUACCUUCAUCGGCUAAGACAUACCUCCUUCUUGAGGAACCUUUUUCCUCAGAAUUUUCUCUAAGUGUUUAGUGAAUACUUGGACAAAUCCCCAAAGAAACCUUCGUUUGACCAACAGCCUGGGUUUCAGUGCCUGUAUCGGCCAACCAGGAUGCUAUGGCCAGUUGGGAUUGUUUCCUGAUUGCUUGAUUCUUCCGCGGGUGUGAUACUGCCCGCUUCGUCCUGGUCAUCUUUCAUGAUUGUAAGUGUUCUGUUUCAUACCAAGCGUUGGUGCUUCAAAGGGCUGUGGCCGAUGAAGGUUACCUCUCGCGUGUCACCCAACCGAUUCAGUUAGAGUUUUAUAGGCGUAUGCUUCGGCCUUGAUCAUUCCCUUGUGGUGUGUGGACGUAUCGUCCAUGUCACCUGUUAGUGGUACUACACUUGUGUUCAACUGAUAUGUACUUGGCCAAAUUGGGCCUGAAUUGUGGGGAUUUUAUUUUUUCAUUGCUCGAGGCCGGCUAGUGUGCACGGCCGUCAGCUUCCCUCUUUUCCCCUUAUAUAUAUAUAUUUUUUGUUGUUGUUGGGGAGUAUCCUUCUUUCAGGCUUCGGCCGAAGGGUGUGCUCGUCCUUCGGCCGGUUCGGACUUCGUUUAUAACGUCCGUGAUCUCAGGGCGGGUCCCGUCGCCUAUUUAUGACGCGGGCUAGACUUUUGGUCGGUUUCCAACGGCUGUCAUUGCCCAUCCCUGAGUUUUGGGAUUUUGUCACCUCGGCCAUGAUUUCAGGCCUGCCGUCCUGCGAUCUGGCGCGUGGACGACGCGGUGAGCUUCCCGUUUCAAGACGUGGGCCGUUUGCGGGCCCCUCGUCCUGGGGACAUCGUCGACCAUUCAUGAGCGUUUCACUUCUAGGCUUACGGGGCCAGGACGAUGUGCUCUCUCAGCUAGGCCUGAGCCCUUCGCUGAUACAAAAUACAAUGGAACGCCUGAUCUUGUCGAUCGUAGGCUGCAAGUGCAAGGGGCCCCGUCAGCCAUGCCUGAGCCUUUUGCUCUGAGGUGGCCGAUGAGGGCACCUGCUAACGUUUUUUACUUUAAAUUCCAGAGAAAAAAUCAGGAGGAACAUGAUUUUAUUCAUAAGUGGCUCGAGGCCGAGGGUGGCGUUCAAUCAGUAACCCGUUAAGGGGUGAGGGCUUCGCCGUCUGCACCUCCUUCGGAUUACUGAUAAAACUUCACCAGAUGGUGUAUAUUCCACGUUCGUGGUACAUUGGACCCAUUCGGGCGUUUAAGCUUGUAGGUGCCGGGUUUGACCACGACACUGACGAUGUAGGGCCCUUCGUACUUCAAUGCUAGCUUGCCACCCUCUGUCGGCUGGCUUGCUUCCCUUCGGCGGAGGACGUAGUCCCCCACCUGAAAUUCCCGGGAACGUACCUUGGCGUCAUAGUAUGAUUUUACUUGACGCCGGUAGUUCUCUGCUCGGACGUAAGCUUGCUCUCGCCUCUCAUCGACCAGGUGCAGGUCAAUCUUCAUGUUCUCUUCGUUGGCGUCAGGCUCAUAUUGUUCCACUCGUCGGCUGGGGAUGGCAACUUCCGUGGGCGCCCUUGCCUCGAAGCCGUAGCAUAGGGCGAAAGGCGUUUCACCUGUCGCCCUCCUCGGCGUGGUUCUGUAGUACCACAGGAUGUUGGGGAGCUCGUCGACCCAACUACCUCCUGCGGCCUGGAGUUUCUUCUUCAGCCCCUCCAUGAUUGUUCUGUUGGCGUUCUCGACCUGCCCGUUGCCCUGAGGGUAGGCCACAGAGGAGAAACGAUGCUUCACUCCAAACUCCCGGAGGAGCUCCUGGAAAGGGGAUGCCUCGAAUUGGGUGCCGUUGUCUCAUAUAAUCUCCUGGGGGACGCCGAAGCGUGUGAUGAUGUUCUUGUAAACAAAUUUUUGGCAUCUGGCCCCCGUGAUGCUGGCCAGGGGUUCCGCCUCGACCCACUUGGUGAAGUAGUCGACGGCGACGAUGAUGUAGCGGUUAUUCCCGGCGGCUCUGGGCAGGAGGCCGACCAGGUCAAUCCCCCAUCUAGAGAAUGGAAUUGCGGUGCUGACGGGGGCGUAGUUGACGGCUGGCCGACCAGGGGCCUUCUGGAGCACCUGGCACGUGGUACACUUCCUGGCCAGAUCCGCGCAGUCUCGCGCCAUCGUCGGCCAGAUCAAGCCCUGGACGACGAGACGUCGGGACAUGCUGAAAGGGCCCUGGUGCGAGGAGCAGACGCCGCAAUGAACUUCUUCCAUGGCCAUGUCGGCCUCGUCCUGGUGCAGGCAUCGGAGGAGAGUGCCAUUAUAGGACCGUUUGUAGAGUUUGCCAUCUUCGAUGGUGUAGCUUGGGGCCCUGAGUUUGGCAAGUUUGGCCCUCUCCUCGUCCGGGGGCAGCUCCCCCGUUGUGAUGAAGGUGACGAUGUCGGAGAUCCAGUCCUCUGAUCGCUGUUGGACGCACAAGACGGGGCUGGCAUGGAUGCUGGACAUGCUCAACUCCUCGAUCUUGGCCAGCCGGGAGAUAUGCUCCGGGAUGUCCGAGCUGAGUUUGGAGAGGAUGUCGGCCUCGGCGUUCUCGGCCCUCGGGAUCUGUGUGAUCUCGUGGGUUUCGAACGCCUUCAGCAGCUUCUCCGCCGCUUGUUUGUACUGCUUCAUUCGGCCUUCCUUUGCUUCGUACGAUCCCUCCACCUGGCCCACUACCAGUUUGGAGUCGCACUUGAUUUUGAGGUGCUUGGCCUUGAGGCCGGCGGCGAGUCUGAGACCGCUGAGGAGGGCCUCAUACUCGGCUUCGUUGUUGGAUACCCUGAAGUUGAAGCGGAUGGCAUAGUAAGCUCUGAAUCCUUCAGGGGAUAUUUGGAUGACGCCGCCACCACAUGAUUUCGCGGCCGACGAGCCGUCAGUGAAUAGGAUCCAUGUAUCGUCCGGCUCCGGCUCGGGGUUGGCAACGGCCGUCUCCCUUGCUGUGCAUUCAGUGACGAAGUUGGCCAAGGUUUGCCCUUUGAUAGACGGCCUUGGCUUGAUCUCAAUUUGAAAUUGGCUGAGGAAGAUCGCCCAUUUCACCAUCCUAGAGGAGCUGGUGGGGCUCCUCAUGAGUGCGUCGAGAGGCUGCUGGGUUAGCACAUGGACGACAUGGGCCUGGAAGUAGUGCUCCAACUUCUUUACCGUAUGGACGAUGGCCAACACCGUCUUCUCAAUGGGGGAGUACCUGAGCUCGGCCUCCCUGAGCGUUUUGCUGAUGUAGAAAAUGGCCUUCUGCACCCCUUCGUCCUCACGGAUGAGCACGGAGCUGAUGGCCGACGUGCUCACCCCUAAGUACAAGAAGAGGGUUUUGCCGGCUUUGGGCUUGGAAAGCACGGGUGGGGACGAUAGGUACCUUUUCAAUUCGUCGAAUGCUUCCUGGCACUCCGUCGUCUACUUGAAGCUGUUGGCUUUGUGCAUGAUCUGAAAGAAGGGGAGUGCCCUCUCGGCUGACCUGGAGAGAAACCGGUUCAGGGCCGCCAGGCGCCCCGUCAGUCGCUGUACUUCCUUGACGUUGCAGGGCGGCUCCAUGUUGAUGAUAGCCUGUGUCUUCUCCGGGUUUAUCUCGAUGCCUCUCCGGCUGACCAUGUAGCCGAGGAACUUGCCACCCUGGACGCCGAAGGCGCAUUUCUUGGGGUUGAGCCGGAGCCUGAACUCCUUCAUGAUUUCAAAGAUUUCCCGGAGGUCGUCGGCGUGGGAGGAGGCCUGCCUGCUCUUGACGAUCAUGUCAUCAACGUACGCCUCCAUCGUCCGGCCAAGGACCGCUCUGAAGAUCUUGGCCACCAUCCUAGUGUAGGUGGCGCCGGAGUUUUUUAGUCCGAAGGCCAUGACGAGAUAGCAAAAGAUUCCCUCUGGGGUCAUGAAUGCCGUCUUCUCAGCGUCAUCUUCAUGCAUGGAGAUUUGGUGGUACCCUUUGAAAGCGUCAAGGAACGACAUCAACUCGCACCCCGCCGUCUCGUCCACCAGCUGAUCAAUGUUGGGGAGAGGGAACGGGUCCAUGGGGCACGCCUUGUUCAGGUCAGUGUAAUCAACACACAUCCUGAAUGUCGGCGGUUUCUGGGCGAGGACGACGUUGGCCAACAAUGUCGGGUACUUCACCUCUUUAAUGUGUUUGAUUGAGAGGAGCAUGGCGACCUCCCCUUUGACGAAGUCCCGCCUGUCGGCGGACAAAUAGCGCCACUUCUGUUUGACAGGCGCGGAGGCCGGAUCGACGGUCAGCCGGUGAGUGAUCACCUGGCAGCUGAUGCCUGGCAUAUCGUCCGGGCCCCACGCGAAGACAACGACGUAUGACCGUAGGACGAGGAGGAUGGCGUCUCGUUGGUCCCGGGGGAGCUGCUUCCCGAUCCUGAGGACCCGCUCCGGCCGGGAGGUAUUCAGAGGGACCUCCUCGGCCGGCUCAGCAUGUGGCCUCUCCUCGUCCUUGGCAACGGUUGCCGUGAUGGUGUCUAUCCUCUUACCCUCCCUCUCGGCCGGCCUUGUCAGCUUGAGGUAGCACGCCCUGGCUAUCCUCUGGUUUCCUCUGGCGUAGCCGAUGCCGUCAUUGGUGGGGAACUUCAGACACAAGUGCUUCAUGGAGAUGAUGGCCUCCAAGUCCUCCAGCGCUGGCGCCCCAAGAUCAGGUUGUGGGCGCACUGGAGGUUGACCACCAUGAACUCCAUGUCAAUCCUGGCGUGGUGGGGGCCGUCACCGACCUCUACGGGGAGGACUAUCGUGCCCUCGGCGUCGAUAGAGUCCCCGGUGAAGCCGGAUAACGGUGUCUUGAUCGGCCUCAACAGAGCUCUGUCCAGCUUCAGCUGCUUGAAGGUGUCCAGGUACAUCACGUUGAUGGAGCUCCCCGUAUCGAUGUAAGUGCGGUGGAUGAUGGAGUCACCGAUCUCACACCGGAUGACGAGCGCGUCCCUGUGUGAUCCCGUCCCCGGAGGCAAAUCCUUGUCAGUGAAGGUGAUCGCCUCCGUUCGCUGCUUCUUCGGUUGGGGGGGAACGUGGGACACCUCCCCAAUGUAAAGGGAUUGGGCCCAUUUCUUUCUCUGAGUGGCGGAGUCCCCCCCAGUGUUCCCACCUACGAUGAGGUGAAUGUGAUUCUUCUUUGGCGGGGGCUCUUCGAAGUCCUCGUCGUCACUGAGCCUACCAAUCUCCCGUUUCUUCGCAGAGGGUUCGCCCCCAUGUUUGCCGGUGUUUACCCACGUGUUUUUGCGUGGGCCACCUUUAACAAACUGGGAGAGUUCCCCCUGGCGAAUAAGGCGCUCGAUGGCCUUCUUCAGCGUGAUGCAAUCAUCGGUGUUGUGCGACGAGUUCUUGUGGAACCGGCAGUAUGUGCCGCCCUGCUGGAUGGCAAGGACCUCCUCGGCCGGCCGAGGGGCCUGCUCGAUGAGGCCAUGCUUCUCGGCAUAGUCGAGGAUGAUGCCGACCGGGUGAGUGAGGGCAACCCCCGGCCGUUCCAACCUCGGCCGCCAGUGGCGAUCUUUCUUACUCUGUCCACCAGAGCCGUGACGGCCCUGGGCACCCUGGCCGGCCGGGGACGGACCCGGGGCCGGCGAAGGAUUUGUCUUCUUGGAGGGAUGACCCCCCUCCUUCUUGUGAUUGUGGAGCUCGUCGGCGUCGGCAUACAAGCCUCCGCGCUGGAGCACCUUGGCGUACGACCUCGGAGAGUCGGUGAUAAGGCUCCUAGCGUACGGGGAGCUGCGGAGGGCUCCCUGAUACAAGGCGAGGAGGGUGCGCUCAUCGGCCCCCUCGACUUCCUCGGUUUCCCUCGUCCACCGAUCAAUGAAUGACCGGAGGGACUCCUCGCGCUGCUGCUUGACGGAGAGGAGGUGAGUGAAAUACUUCUUCGCACGCUUCCUCCCGGCAAAGUGAGUGAGGAAGCGUUGGGCGAGAUCCUGCCAUGAGUCGAUGCUCCCUUCGGGGAGCGCGUUGAACCACUCGUACGCUGGCCCCUCGAGAGUAGAGAGGAACCAACGGCAGAGGUAUUCGUCGGACGCGUUCACCAUCAGCAUGUUGUUCUGAUAGCGGCUGAAGUGUUCUUGGGGGUCUGAUCGGCCGUCGUAGGACUUGAUGGCGUUCCCCCUGUACUUCUCCGGGAUGGGGGUCGAGAGGACCCUGUUGGUGAAAGGGGUCCUGGUCCUGACCUGGAUGAUGGGGUCACCUCGCCCCUCGGCCAGCUCCCUCUCCAGGGCGCUAACCUUGUUCAUGAGCGCGUUGAGGCCGGGGUCGUUGGAGGCGUCGGCCGUAGGGAUGUUGGCCGACUGCUUGGCUUCCAUCUGAGCCAGCCUCCUUUCCAGCUGGGCGAUGACUUCAUCCCGGGGGUCCCUGGCGGCCGCAGCGGCGCCCGGUUGGUUCCCCAUGCGCUCGUCGUGAGCCGCAUUGAUCCGGUGGCGCACGUUGUCUUCGUGCAACUUCCCCUUGCCCUUGUCCGGGCGGGGCUGGUCCGCUGUCCGGAACACAGACCCCAAGCUUUCCCUCGGCGAGCCAGGACGAAGCUCACCAAUCCGUCCCGCCAUCCUCUCCGAAACCGGACGACGGCGCGUGUCACCUAGCCUGUUGAAGGCAGAGGCUUUUCCACGCGCUGGGGUCUGCCCGGGCCGAAGAGGGGAAGCAGGGUGGGAGUGGGACGAUGCCGUGUCCUGGGCCACCACCCCCUCAUCGUUGCCUAUCUGGACGGCCAACGGUUGGGGCUGAGGAGGUUGAGUGAUGUUCCCCCCGGUCCUUGGCAAGAGUGCACUGAGGACGGUGAGGUUCUGAGCCAGGCUGGCGAUGAUGACCGACAACGCGGCCUGGACCUGCGGAUCCACGGACGGAGAGGCCGCGGCCAUAGGCUGGGCCGGGGCGUGGUCCGUCUUCUCAGCUCGUUUCUUGUCCAAGCCGAGGCGGGCAUCAGGGGCUCCGCCGUUGAGUUGGUUGCGGAGGUCCGUCGUGAGGUUGAAGGCCUCCUGGAAGAGGUCCCCUCCGCCGACCUGGUCGGCCGUGGCGUCCUCGUCGUGCUGCCUGGACUCUUGGUCCUCAGGGAUGGCCUUGCUGACGAGGUUGCGGUUUGAUUUAGUUCUUCCCAUGAUCAGUGGUUAGCUGCGCUUGGUAGCGACGGAGGGUGCUAACUUGACUGUCCUAGCUCUCAACGAGAGCACCAAAUGAUAGAGUAUAUCUAGAGAGAAGUGAGAGCUAGAGAGAGAAGUGCAAUAAUAUGUUUCAAUAGAAUGAAUUUGUCACCCCUAUAACUACUCCCAAGGGGAGUAUUUAUAGAGAAAAUACGGGCUGGGCUCCCAAGCCUUGGGCUUGGGAGGCCCAUUUACAACUGGAUCGCUACUGGGCCGAAUACAAAACCACUAAUGGGCUGUAAAAAUGAGUAAGUGUAGAAUCCGGUUCUGUGGAGUCUUCCUGGCCGACGAGGGCCUGGCCGACGAGGGCACGGCCGACGAGGGCGCGGCCGACGAGGACACCCUGGUUCCUUGGAUUUAGGACCAUAAUCUGAGUUGGCACCUUUUCGGCCGACGGGGGUUCCUUGGCCGACGAGGGCGCCACUCUAUGUCUUGUGCUUUCUGUUCUUCAGAGUAUGUGGGUCCGGGGGUUCAGACCCAUAUACUCCAUCAAUAUUAAUAUCAUAGUUGACAAUAUUUUAUAAUAUGAUCGUAUUUAUUUAUUUAUAUUCAGGAGAAAAGGCAGUACUCUCAUUUUUACUCCGUAUAUGUAUCAAGAAAAUAGUAUCAUAAUUCUCAAGUGUGAAGUAAUCUUUUGUAAUUCAUAAAAUUUGUAACACCAAGCUCCGUAUAUAUGUCACCCAAUUGACAAGUUCAUUUCAGGAAGUCAAAGUAACAAAUCUCAUAAUGUAAAUUAGAGUUUUUGUCAUUUUUUGUUCUUCGACUAUUGUGUCAUUGAUAUUUUUGACACUUAAUUUUUAAUAUUUUCAAUUUUAGUCCUCGACUAUAGUACUAGGGACAUUUUUAGUCUCCGACUUCAAAGUUUUCCACAUUUAAUCCCCGGGGUAUGAUCAAAUUGACACUUUUAGUCUUUCACUAUGAUUUUGAGACAAUAAGUAGAGAACUAAAAAUGUCGUUAUUAUAAUAAUCAAAGGAUCAAAAGUAUCACUUUUAUGAAAAUUGAAUGACUAAAUAUGAAUAUUUUCAAAUACGGAUAUCAAAAAUCUCUCUGGCACAAAGGUCGGGCACUAAAAUUGACAAAAACUAAUGCAAAUUAUGAGCUAUUCAAAAUAGAAAGUUCUUUAAAUAAUGGAAAGAGUAUUAAAAGAUUCAUCAUAGUAACAUUUUCUUUGAUAUAAAAGUAAAGGCGUGAAAAAACAUUCAAUCGGUGAACGUAGCACUGCUUUGACCAACACGUAUUAUUAUAGAUGCAACCAAUUUGUCGCAUCUAGAUUCCAUAGUGUACGUUAACAAAUGGGCCAUCCCCUCCCAAUUAGGCAUGGAUUCGGGCCGGGUCUAGGCCCGGUUGAGCCGCCGGUUUUUGAAUGUUGGACCCGGGACCGGUCCGAGGUAAAGGCGGUUCCGGUUCGGGCCGGGCCACGAGCAAGGUCACCCACCGGGCUGGGCCGGACCGGUUAAAUCCAUUUUUUUAUAUACUUUAUAGUUUUAUACAAGUAUUAAAAACAAACUUAAAGUGCAUUUAUUUGAAAUGAAAUAGGAACUACAUUUGACAAUUAAGAAAAAAACACAAUAUGAAAUUACAAUUGAGAAUUGAAGGUAAAAUUAAAACAUGAAAUACUAAUCAAUCGGAAUCUCCGUAAUAGGUAGAGUCACUCUCGGUUGUAGAUUCAUCCAUAAAGUGUUGGGAUGAGGUUAGGAGUGGACUCGGGCCGGGCCAACCGGCCCAGUACAGGACCGGUCCGCUACUGUGCGGGCCCAGACCAGCCCGGUGAACCGGUUGGUUGCCCGGAUCGGGCCAGCCGGCCCGAUGGGAUGGCGGUUCAGGCUCGGGCCCUUCAAAAGGUGAACCGGCCCGGCCGGUUCGGGCCCGGGCAGGGCCAAUUUAUUAUUAAUUUUUUUGAUUUUUUUUAAGUUUUUGGGUUGGGCUGGGUAUUUUGGGCCAUUUGAGGUGGUUAGGGUUGGUUUGGGGGUGAGGGGGAGGGUUGGGGGCUAACUAGGAAAAGCCAAAAAAAAAAUUAGAACCGAGGCCCGGCCCGGGUAACCCCCGGGCCGGUUCUGGGCCGG